UGGCAGUUAGCUUGGUCGCUUUCUCAACCAAACGUCCCCAUCUCAUCAUCUUCUUUCCCGAUCAAGAUCAUCGAAACUAGCACAGCGCCUACCCCAAGGCCUGCAGAUCUCAUCUCACACGCGGAUAGGCACUAGCUAAGCAUGACUUGACACAGAAUGGCGCCUACGCAGCCAGAACCGACCUACACGGUUUUUGUCCGACUCCCGUUUCCUAGAGGUGGCUUCGUCGAUCCUCCGCCUGUAAAUUGGGAUUCGAGUAAAGAUGAGAUUCUCUGGGACAUUGUAUCCCAUCCUUCCAGGACGGAGAUAGACUGGAAUGACAUCGCAAAUUCAUUCGGAGUCACCGUCGACUUCCUCCUUCAACAGGUUACUUGGCUCACCGAUCGCCAUGCCUCUCAAGUUCGAAACCAGAUGCGUAGGGCUGUAGCCGCUGCCAGGAGCUCGGCACAGUCUCCUCAACCUGGUCCUGAUAGUCCAUACUUAGCGGAACCCAUGCGGCGGACCGCUUCUGGUGACAGGUCGGUACGAGCACCGUCGGCAUUGUCCAUUCGGAAGGACUCCGCUCUACCGCGUAACGACGGUAGUGUUCCCGGUACACCAAUGAGAAGUACCCCGCGACCAACUGUGGCGCGCACGUCCUCGUCAAAUACCGCCGUCGUCUAUACCGUUCGCAACCUAAACAGCAGCGGCAAGGCUCCCGUAAAACCUAACAUCGACUCUCAGCGCCACCGUCUCUCAUCCCUUCCCAUUGCAACAUCCGUCGACGAGGAGGAUACUCAAAAUAAUAAUAAUAACAAUAGCGAUAAUCAAAAAACCGAAAUACCGUCCCCGGUUCCAGACGACUACAGCGACUCUGAAAGCUCUUCGUCCUCUUCCAGUCCCGCCCAGUCCAGAAUCAUCCGUCGACCCCCGCGUUUCCAAGGUACUGACGCUGCUCCCUCCUCGUUUGCUGACGACGAAGAUGAUGGCGAUGACGACGACGAUGACGACGACGAUGCAGGGCCGGCUUUUCUACCGUACCAGCUGCAAGCAGACGGCAGCAGCGGCGCGCAACAUGAUCUCAACGCCACGCUCCGCGGCAACCCGUCGCGUGACUUCGUGAAGCGCCACGCCGCCGCGGCCGCCGCGAUGGGGUCGGGCCGCGUCCAUCGCUCGCAGACCUCGGACUCGUCGACGAACUCCACGGCACCCUCCGCCAUGAGCAACAGCCGAACCGGGCCGGGCGGCGGCCCGCUGUCGCCGCGCAGGACCAUGGAACUGGCGGGACGGAGUCCUGGGGCCAAGGGCAAGGGCAAGGGGCACUCGAAGAAUAGCGACAGCGGCACUCCGAGCAUAGGGAGCAGCUUUAGUGAUCUCGAUGAUACUUCGGUCACGCAGUCCGCUCUAGAAGAAGCGUUCGCCAGCCAGAUACAGCACGGCACGAUGAGUAAUCUCAGAGGCACCAUCAGCGCGGCCUUCCGGGGCAGCAGGUAUCUCCCUGGUAAUUCGAAUCCGUAAGGUGCCGGUUUACGGACAAUUCAACCUUCAUUCCUGUCUUAUAUUUUGAUUUUAAUCUUCGCCCUUUUUUUAUUUUUUUAUUUAUUUUUUUAUUUAUUCCUCUCUUUCUCUCUUCUAAUUUCCGUGGACAUCUCUUUACUCAAUUCAGGCGAUCGGUCAGGGGGAACAAAUUUGGUUGGGGGCUAGGUUUUCGGUUAGGCUCGGUUUGGUUUCGGUU